UUGAUCAUAAUAAUCAUACCGAAGUACGGUCAAACUAAUAUACGGUAGAACGUACGUAGUAAGGGAAAGCGCCCUCGAAUAUUCAGUACGGGACGAGCCUUCGCUUGGGUUCGAGAAAUGAAAUAAUUAAAAGUAUGGAAGUGAUACGAUGAUAAAGGGAGAGGCUCGAUGAUCGCGCAAUGAUCCCAGAGGCAAUUUUUGUGAAAUCUCGUCAAGUAUUAUAUGUAGGAGAAUGACGAAGUCGUGCUCGUGAUCGAUUUAUUUUUCGCGGAUGUUGACCGUAGAGAUAAAUAAGGAUAAUUGCAGAGGACUGACAGCUGUUGGGAACAUUGGUGCGGCCUAUCGCGACUCAAAUUUAAUUGAGUUUAGGAUCCUCGAGAUAUUCGUCUUAAUCGUACAAUGGCCAGUGAAAAACGUGGCUACAGAACAACGUUACCAGCUCCAGGACACUCGGAGGUAAAUCUUUGCUCGGUAUUGUCGCUGGGAAAGGAUCUGAGCAAGAUAACGAUGCCUGUCAUUUUCAACGAACCAUUAUCGUUUCUACAACGAGUAGCGGAAUACAUGGAAUACGCGAAAUUGCUGAAACAAGCUUCGUUGGAGCAGACGCCUAUUGGCCGAAUGCAGUACGUUGCUGCAUUUGCUGUCAGUGCUUUAGCAUCUAAUUGGGAGCGUCUUGGAAAACCUUUCAAUCCCUUGUUAGGAGAGACCUAUGAAUUGGAAAGGGAAGAUUUUAGGAUAAUAUGCGAACAAGUUUCCCAUCAUCCGCCUGUAUCAGCUUUCCAUGCAGAUAGCGAUGAUUUUAUCUUCCAUGGAAGUAUUCAUCCAAAGUUGAAAUUUUGGGGAAAAUCUAUCGAAGUCCAUCCUAAGGGAAUUGUCACUGUGGAACUUCCCAAAUGGAAAGAGGCCUAUACUUGGCAAAAUGUUAAUUGCAUCCUUCAUAACGUACUCGUGGGUCAGUUGUGGAUGGAACAAUUGGGUGCUUUGGAAAUCAAGCAAUACGGCGGUGCCAAUUUGAAAGCAACACUUUCCUUCAAGAGUGCCGGCUGGAACGGAAAGGAUUUACACAGAGUAGAAGGAUUCAUAACUGAUCCAGAUAAAAGAAAAUUGGUCUUCCUAUAUGGAAAAUGGACUGAGAAGCUGUGUGCGUGCGAUCCCAGUCUCUAUGAAGAAACCAUUGACAGGAUCAGACGAGAAGCAAAGAGUCCUCAAAGUAGUCCGGGACACAAAAAGGUAUUGGCGAAACUGCACAGUCUUAAGGUCGGCGCAUUCAAACCUUCACACCAAGACGCGAUAGACGAAUCUGGCAAUGAUGGAGAAGAUGUUCCAACCGUUGAUGAAAUUGCUGGAUCAAUUACCCUUUGGGAAGGCGUUUCAAGACCUGCUAAUAGCGCCGACUUUUAUCAGUUCACGACAUUCGCGAUGUCACUCAACGAAAUGGAGCCAGGAAUGGGAAAAUCGUUAUGUCCAACUGACUCCAGAUUGCGACCAGAUAUAAGAAAAUUAGAAAUGGGAGAUCAAGACGGUGCCGCCGCGGAAAAGAUUAGGCUCGAAGAGAAACAGCGAGAGUCGCGCAAAGCGAGAAAACACAAAAAGGGUCCCGAGUGGGUGCCGAGAUGGUUUCAAGUUGGUAUAAAUCCGCACACAAGACAAGAGGACUGGCUUUACCAGGGUGGAUAUUGGGACCGUAAUUAUUCUGAUUUGGAGGAUAUAUUUUAAAAUUAAAGCAAAGGAUGCAUCAUGCACUCUGAUCUUAUUCAGUGAUUCCUUUUUGAAUCAUGCAAUGGAUUUACUCAAUAUGGGGUAAUGUUGUGAAUUUUAGAAUGUGAAGUUUUAGAAGGCUGUGCACGUGUGUUAUAUAGGUAAAUGAUUAUAAACAUGGAAACACAAGUGUUUCUCCAAACUCUCUGUGUAUGGAAUACCGGUAAUGGUUUGAACCCUUGGCUGACAAUUAACAAGGUUAUGAUUAUAAUGUGAAAAGCACAUUUGACACAAUACCAUUUUCCCCAGAUGGUCUCUUUUUCAUAUGGAUUUUUGCAAAGUCAAUGAACAUUUAUAUACCAUAUUUAGGUAAAUACAAAUGUCAUAUGAGUUACUCCAUCUUUAAUACAUAAUAGACUAUGCAUUCACCUGACUCAGUUUUAAAUAUAUAUGUGAUUAUGACUGCGAUUUCUAUUAACUUUUUUUUUCUUUACAGUUUAUUGCUACUCGCGCAAAUGGUAAAAUGAUAUUUUCCUCAAUUUCAAGCUCAAUAUGAGCCUUAAGGAAACCAUUCUUAUACAAUUAUUGAACAUUUUUAAUAUAUGCCUUAUUAUCGCAAGUUCUUCCAGUCUAGGGCAAGAAUAUAAUACGUUAAUCACAAGAUAAGUGAAUGUUUCAAACAUAUAUUAAUAACAAGCCAAAAUAAGUUCUUAAAAUCUCCAAAAACAUGAUACUUUAAUUAACACUAAAGAAUAUAAACAUUAUGAAAGCCAGUGUAGUAACAUUGGGCUAUUGAGAGAACCAAGCAUAGAUAAGAUACCUCAUGGAACAUAGUUUUCUCAUUUGAUAAACCUAAAUGCAUAGUAACACCAAGAAACCAUUUCGAGUCUACCUAAAGAUAUUUUCUGGAGCUUGUGCUUCGUAGUUCACAGAAAAAGAAAAAAAAGUGUUCGUAUAUAAUAUAGUGUAGAUAAAUAUACACAUAUAUGUCAAGAGCAUUUGGGAUUUCAGGUUAUUAUCCAAGAAAUCCCAACACUGAACACUAAGAGUUCAAACAUUGUCAAAUGUAAUAUUAAAACAUGGGAUAGUUUGACUCAAUUGCAUAGUAUCCAUUUAUUCCUAUUCUAGGAAUAUUAUAGAAAAUGAUACUAAAUUUAGAGUUUGAUCCUGAAUAACGAAAUCGUUGCCUAUAUAUAUCGUAGUACCUAGAAAUUAUCUAGAGGUCGAUGUCUAUAUGUGAUUUCGCUAGAAAAAUGAAAGAAAUAUCAAUAAAAAAAAAAGGAAACGUACCAAAAAUGUCAGAUAAUUAUUAAAUAAUUUGCACGAUACACUUGCGAUUAGGUUUAUUUUAAAAACGCGUAAUCGUGAGGCGAUAAUCAAUAUUGCAAAUCAGCAAAACAUAUAACGAUGAAUUUAUAGUAGAUUUGUGUAUAUAUAUAUAUAUAAAUAUACUGAUGUGACACCGCACUAUUAUAAAGAAUACUGUUAUAUCCUUUUUGUAGGAUAUGCAUAUGUAGUUACGUAAUGCGGCUUUUGGCUGAUACGUACGUCUGUGCCAUUUAUCAACAACAUAUAUUUCUUAUGUGACAAAAAUUAUAAGUUUUUUUGUCCUUCGAAUUAUCUCCACCACUAUUUUUAUAAGACCAUUAUCAUGGGAUUGAUAAAUCCUUCCUUACUAGAUUACACGGCAUACAUAUAUCGCAGAGAUUUACACAUAUGUACAUGUGUAUAUAUAAUUAUUGACACCUGUAUAGCUAAUUUCACAAAGUCUCGGUCUGAUUUAAUAAAUUAUCAGUAUGACGUACCAGAAUCUUUUAAUGCCGUAAAAGGAAUAAUGCUGUCGAGAGUGUUGCUUUGGAUGAUCUUUGUGAAGGAGAAAGAAUUUUAUUUGUGUGGAAUUGUUGCACAUUUGUGUGAUAUGGAAAUUAUGCUUGACGCAAUAAACUAUUAUGAUUGAAAAUAAUUUACUUGCUAUUUUAUGUGCCAACGCAGCUUUUUCUGUAAUGUAUCAAUGAUUGCGUGUAUGAGUUUUGAAAUUUGUACAGGCUUAGAUACUGCGAGCAAUUGAUUUAUCAUAUUGUAGUUUGAAUUAUUGAAUCAUGCCUCUGGACUCGAAAACUGAAAGUGAAUUGAAUAUUUAAAAAAAUUGGACUAUUGCUUUUGAAGCUUUUUACUAUUACGUUACUUUGUCUACGAGAAACUUAAUGAUGUGCGUCUUUGAGUAAAAGUAAUGUAUAAUGCUACUUAAAAUAAAUGUAUAACCAAAUUGAAAUUAACGAAAAAAUUGAUAUACUCGAAAUUUAACUGUUUGAUGAGAAAAAAUAAUGGAGAAAUGUAUUUGUCAAAAAAAAGGAAGACGAUUCCUUUUUUUAAAAGGAGAAUCGAGAAUUGAAUAUUCGACAGUACAAAGAAUUGAUUAUUCACUGUAUCCACUCCUAAUGCUAAUGAUUGAUCUAAGGACACUGCAUAGAGGAUAUAUAAUAUUCUUAUAGCAUUUUAUUUACUUGUGACUCUAUUUUUAAGUCUGAAUUCUAAUUUUAGUCAGUUUACAAAAUAUGUUCACAUAAGUCUAUGAAAAAUAUCAUCCGUGUAAUGUCCUUAUAAAAAUGACGACCGUAUAUAAAAAUGAUGAAAGCGAUUAGGAUCUAAUAUUAUUUAUACAUUUAGAACUUGAGAUGUGUUUAUUUACUACGACGAUCCUGGGAUGCAACAACUCAUAAGUUUACUCGAAAAAGUAUUUAAAAAAAAAGUCUGCAAAUUAUUCGCGUGUGUUAGAGUCGCUACAAGCACGCGUAGAUAAAUAUUAUUCGCGUAUGCAGUUUAUAAAAAACUAUUGUAUUUAUGUUGCCUAUAGGUACGUCUAUAUAAGUGUAAAUAGAUUAGUACCAAAGAAAAUAAAUGUUAUAAAAUCGUUCAAAUAA